AUGAGGGCACCCAAAGUUAGAAGUGUAGCUAAGUCUGUUUACGCUUUGAAGAGGAAUGCUGCUAGAAAACUAAAGAAGCCACCAUAUAACUUCCAUGAUUUUAUAAUAUUAGAAAACUACAGAUGCAUGCCUCUAUUAGGUGAUGAAGAAAAAGUACCAAAUUGGGAAGUGCAUAUUGUAAGAUUCUCUAUUGUGUAUGUGAACAAUGAAAAAAACAAUUGA